AUGGAGCUGUCAGCUGUACUUGAAUCGAACGCGCAGAGAUUCCUGGAAACCGAACAGCCUCUUAAUGCUGUCCCACUCACCGCCAUGCUGCGGGAGGUGAACCCCACUUCAGUCAAGUUUUCGCUUCUUCAUGCGACAACGUUGCUUGCUGCCAGAGAUUAUGAUCAAGCGUUUCGCAUCGCUGCGGAUGUGGCAAAGGAUUUUGAGGGAAAUAUGCAGGCGGUGGCGAUAGCUAUGAAGUCGGCCUAUGAAUUAGGGGAUGUGAGGGGGUGUUCCGCCUAUGCAGAAAGACUGAAAGACAGUCCCUCCAUGAACGUUGUGGCUUUGUGCUACCUUGGAAGGUGCGCUGAGCUUUCAGGAGACACAAAGCGUGCCGUUCAUAACUAUUGUGCGGCAUUGGAUAUUGACCCGUUUUGUGGUGAGCCUAUGAAUGCACUGAUUGAGAGAAGGCUCUUGGGUGUCAACGAGUUGCGUGACACUAUAGAAUCCUUACGGCUGCCACCCGAGGCCGAAGCACUGCGUGCUUCCUAUUAUGCUCGGUUACCAGGUGAAUUUGUUCCCAAAGAGUUUGACAAGUAUAUUCCGAGGACCACCUUAUUGUUACAAGCUGCCCGGACUGAGUAUGAAAGAAAUGAUUUGCAACAGGCUUUGAGUUUGACUACCAGCUUGUUAAAAAUCUCACCAUUUAAUAGAGAAUGUGUUUGCUUGCAUCUUUCCAUUCUUGUAGAUAUGAAAGCCACCUCAAAGCUGUUUGACGUGGCUCACCUACUUUGCAGCAGCAAACCCCAUGCCGAACUUGCAGUUUAUGCUGUUGGUUGUUUCCACUUUUCUUUAUCCAACUAUGAGCGUGCCGGCCGAUUUUUCACCAGGGCGACGGAAUUAGAUGCCUCCUUUGCAGAGGCGUGGAUUGCGUAUGGUCACUGUUAUGCGAAAUUAGAGGAAGGAGAGCAGGCACUGAUUGUGUACAGACGUGCGAUGAACUUCUUCCCCGGACUACCUUGUUGCAGCACGUUUGUUGGCAUGCAAUAUGGUCGAGCCCAUCAGUGGAGACUGGCGUCGCACUUCCUCGAGGAGGCUAAGAAGGCGAUGCCCAACGACCCCUUGGUACUAAACGAGAUUGGCGUUUUGUACAUGCGAACCCAACGGGUUGAUAAGGCCCGUGAAAUGCUUGAAGAGGCCUACAAAUCCCUUGUUAAUCCUGAAAAUGCAUCAGAGCACAGAGACUGUAUCAUUUUUAAUUUGGCAACUGUCUACAGAAAGCUUCAGUGUUACAAACAGGCGAUUGCCUUCUACACCCUCUAUGUCAAAUGUCGUCCGAGCGCAAGCCACGGCCACUGCGCUCUAGCAUUUACACAUCAUUUGAUGGGUGACAUGAAAAUGGCUAUCGCCCAUUAUCAUACUGCUCUGAGUAUUAAGGCUGAUUCGUUUUGCCGGGAUAUGCUGGAUCGGGCACUGGCAACAGAGUUUGGGGAGGCGUCGCAUGGCUUCGCGAAGAGAAUUGAAGAGUCAUUGUGUUCUCCUUCCCCCGACGAUAUAUCGUUUUUGGCUGCCUCUCGAACCCUUCGAUCUGACCCAACUGCAACAUCUAGCAAGGAUCAUUCUCAUCACCCAAGCGUUGGACGGAGUCUGUUCUUCUCCGCGUGA